CUUCCAUUCAUAUAUAAACAGCAUACAUACAUAAGUAGUGUACAGACCAAGCCUAAUUCAAAGCCAGCAAUUCUAGUGGGGCCCGGUCCGGUAAUCGGUACACACUACCUACCCCAUCUCUCCCAUUAUGUAAUGCCCCUCCUUAUAGACCUGCCUAUCUAUCUAGUCAACUUUGUAUAUCUUCCCCAAUCUUCUCAGAGCUCUUGAAGGAUACAUACCUACCUACACGUGUACUACACGUUUUUCUCUAUUCUGUGUUGCACCCACCUCCCCCCCCCCUACACAUUUGUAGCUUUUUGUUACAUACAUUAUUAUCGCUGUUGUUGUUUUUGUUUUUUGGUCUUUGUUAAGGAAAGGGUAAGAGGGGGAUACGUAUAAUAAUGGCGCCGAACCGCAUCAUCAUAGACACAGACCCGGGCGUCGACGAUGUUCUCGCUAUGCUUCUCGCGUUUUCUGCGAAAUCCGAGGAGCUUGAGGUUUUGAUGUUGAGUCUUACGUUUGGGAAUGUCGAGGUGCAGAACUGUCUGAGGAACGUUGUUACGUUGUUCCACCAUAUCGAGAAGGAGAGGGCAUGGCGCAAGGAGAAUGGAAGACCAGAAGGAUUCGAGGCGCUGAUGGCACAUAAACCCAUCGUUGCAGUAGGCGCUGAAGAACCACUCGCUGAGCAUAUGAUGGUCGCAGAUUUCUUCCACGGCGUAGACGGUCUAGGCGGCAUUCAUUCCAGCCACCCUCACCUCAGCCCAUCCGAAACCUGGAAGUCUCUCUUCCUCCCCGCACCCGAGAAUCUGAGCGCAGAAGAGGUAGCAGAGUUGCAGCGAGUCGAAGAUGCGCACUCCCUCUUCACCCCUUCUCUGAAACCAGCGCACGAGGAAAUGCUGCAGAUCUUGAGGGACAACGAACCAGAUACUAUUACGAUUGUAGCGGUUGGACCGCUGACGAAUCUCGCAAUUGCUGCGGCGAAGGACCCAGAGGCCUUUUUGAGGGUUAAGGAGGUGUUGGUUAUGGGUGGUGCAGUGGAUUCGCCAGGAAAUAUGACCCCCGGAGCAGAAUUCAACACCUAUGCCGACAGCGUAGCCGCAGCCCGCGUCUACGCACUAACAAGCCCGAACCCAAAGACAACCAUGCCCCCUUCCAUCCCUGGCGGGAAGAAGAAGAACGGGCAACUAGGCGCUUACCCAGAGGGCUUGAGCAGGAGGUUGACGGUGAAAUUGUUUCCGCUUGAUAUAACAAACCGCCACACCCUGCCCCAAUCCCUCUUCUCUACAUACACAUCCACGACCCCUCUCCCCACCUCCCCACUAGUCCAAUGGACAUCCCUCUUCCUAACAUCCACCUACCGCAAAAUCUCCUCCCUCUCCCCUUCUCCCCCCUCCUCCGAGGACGAUAAAGAAGAAGAAGAACCCCCAUCCCUCCAGCUCCACGACCCCCUCCCAAUCUACUACGCCAUGACCGCCGCCUCCUCCUCCUCCUCCUCCGCAACCACGCAAUGGCAGUUCUCCCCCCCAGAAGAUCUCCGCGUCGAAACGGCCGGCCAGUGGACGAGGGGAUGCUGUGUAGUUGAUCGGCGCGGCCGCAGCGCCCACAAUGUGAGUGAAGGGGAUUUGAGCGAGGAAGUUGUUGGCGAUGCUGGCGGGUGGAGGGAUGCGAGGCGUGGGAAUCGCGUUGUGAGGGCUUUGGAGAGUCCGGAUCAAGAGGGGUUCGGAGGGUUGCUUUUGGAGAGGGUUUUUGGGGGGUUGUGA